AUGACAACUGGACUUUGUAGGGAUACGUUUGGUUAUCUUAAUUCGAGUCUUUUUCAGCUGUGGACUUGUUCAAUGUGUUAUUCUUAUCUUUUUCAUAAAUCUGCUCAUCUACGACCAAACUUUGAUAAACGAAACCCAAAACUUCUACAUAAUUUAACUACAUACAUUCAAGAAGUUUUACCAGAUAUCCAUGAUGACCAAAGUGUGUUCGAAAUUUGUAGUUUUCUUGAUAAAACCAACUGUGAAAGAUGGAAAGACUGUUGUAAUGCUGCAGUGUCAUGUUGUGAAAAACAAGUCAACGCUUUUCCAACUACAGAUUUGAAAUGCCCCAUGACAUGGGACGGAUUUGGUUGUGUUGAAAGCACUGAUCCAGGUACAAAUUCCAUCAUCGAAUGCCCGGAUUUUAUAGAAUACGGUUUCUCGUCAGGAUAUGCACGUAAAUCUUGUACAGAAAAUGGAACCUGGUGGGUAGAUUCCAUGUCUAACAGAGAAUGGACCGACUACACACCAUGUUUAAAUCUCAAGAUAUACAAAAGUUUAGUAUAUGUCGGAAUAGCCUGUUCAAGUGCUAGUUUAGUGCUACUAGUUCCUGCUUGUGUUGUGUUUUUGUCUUUAAGGCAACUGAGAUCCCAACAUAGGAUAAGACUACAUACCUGUUUGUUUCUUUCGUUCAUAAUGACCUGUAUUGUGACCAUUCUAUGGGAUUUAUUGAUAUACAACGACCGGCUCGAUAAUCCGGAAUCGACAAGGAUGCAUCAAAACACUAUAUUUUGCAGAGUGUUAUAUGCAGUACAUAGGUACUGUUCAACUUGUAAUUACUUUUGGAUGUUUUGUGAAGGUUUUUACUUGCAUCGGUUACUGAUACAAGCUUUCAGAGUUCCUAAAAAUCUUACUUGGUAUUACAUUACUGGAUGGGGAUGUUCGUUGAUACCUAUAUUGGUUUAUGUCAUUGUUAGACUUACUACAGCUGAUUAUGACUGCUGGGUUAAAAAUAUGGGUAUCUACGAAUGGAUAUUGUACAUUCCGAACCUCAUAUGCAUAUUGUUAAAUCUGAUGUUUUUGUGUAGUAUUCUCAGGAUAAUGUUGACCAGACUUCAAAGUCACCCUAAUGAACCAAGUAACUACAGACGUGGUCUUAAAGCGACAUUCCUUCUGGUUCCACUGUUCGGCAUUCAGUUAUUUUUCAUCACAUACAGACCACCAGCGGAGAAAGCAAACCGUCUUCUAUAUGAAAUCGUAUCUAAAGUCAUCAUAGAUUCUCAGGGAUCCCUAGUGUCAUUAAUAUUUUUCUAUAUGAACGGAGAAGUGCACACAGCAAUGAAAUACCAGCUUCGAGUAAUCCAUUUACAGUUUCCAUCAUAUAAAACAAAGAAACGUAUCUCUCGGAACCAGUCUGCGACCCAAAUGUCCUCGAUACGUCAAACAAGCCAACGAAAUGGAUAUUAUGAUGGUCCUCAAUUUGAGAAAACCGUUCAUAUAAAUGGAGAUGUCAAAGAAUAUGUGUUUUCAUAA